CGUACUUAGACGUUUGUGUUGGUUGUGCAGUGUGCACGCUGUGGACAGCCAACAGCCUGGCAGCUUUGGGCGAUUAUCGCUCAGAUAUAUUCAAGGCUUCGAACGAUUUCUGCUUUUUCCGCCGUACUGAAUGUCUAACGGCUCUUCCUUUCACGUCCAUAGAUAUUGCAACAACCGUGGACAAUUUGAUGAAUACCGACAACACCAACUCCCCUGCUUCCACAGACAGUGAUGUUGUCAAUUGCUCGACUGCGAGAGUCUACUUCGGUCCAGUGCAAUCACCGGAGAAGAGACUCAUUGCUAGUGAGGUCACGCGAAGACGUGUACUCAAUAUUGGCACCGUCGACUCUCCCCUUCGUCCAUCGGGACUGCCUGCUCUCCACGCCCCUCCGUCGCCACGGGAAAUCACGCACGCGACGGAUAAAGGUGAUGAACGAAGCGACGAAGAUGCAGAUGAGAUCUCUGAUGUGGCCGCUCAUCUAUCUCGUGAAGACACGCCUGAGAACGAUUCAUUGGGCCAAAACGAACCAUCCUCUGUUCUCGCAAGCCGAAUUAUGCGGGCUUGCGAUAAUCCUUCCCCUCCUCCGCGGGCUCAUCCCACCAUUUACUUCGGUCUCGCGAUAAAGGACGGACGGAUACCGUUCCCAGAUAUAUCUGCACCUCCUAGCCCAUUUCGUCCCAUAAAUUUGCGUGAGAGACUGAGCGAGUUCUCCGCGACAGAACGUGCUUUGUCACCUCAACCACCUCAGCUCCAGGCUUCCUAUGAUCAGCAUUCGUCUCUACAGGAUUCUGCUGGUAACAUCUCUCAGCCCGAUCUCAUCUCAUUUGAAUCUUGCUCCGCUCUAGUCAAGACGGCGGAAUCUUCUGGAGAAGGGUGUCCUCGUUCUCCGAUUCAAACUUUGCCGUCCAGUGUAGAUGAUCUCCUCUCGCAAUCCCCGGAGCAUCCUUCUGUCAUAUCUACCCCUCCUCGUGUAGAUGGCGUAGAACAGUCUAGUUCCUCGGACAGCCUAAAUAAGCUUCGUCAGGCUGACAUGGAAUCUAGACCACCACACCCCAAUUUUUCUUCGCCGUCAGGCGCCAACUCAGGCGCACCAGAUAUCACUAAAGAACAUGGAAGAUCACCUGUGCGGAGAUCAGCACGCCUCAGUGGGACUCCACGCCCCAACCAAACCACCCACGCACAGCAACCCUCGGAAACGCCGAAACUCAAAGGGAAAUCGAAGGCGACAAUACUCGCGCCCGAGGGGGAAUUAUCCUUGAUGCGGGAUGAGCAAACUGUUGUUCACGGUAACACAGAUCCUUACCCUAAUAUCCAAAGAUUGGUAGAAGAGAAAGAGAAACGACGAUCACGAAGACGGGGAUUAAACGGCAAACACGAAACCCCCAAUUUGCAAAGAGAAUUGGGGUCCCUUUCUCCUCAGUCCGCGGAUGUCUUAACGCGUUUGUUGCCAUCCGAGGCUACGCCACUCUCAGAGGGACAGCAUUCGUUACCACAACAUGAACUUUCUUUCGUAUCUUUGGACCCUCCACUGUUGACACCACAGAGACCAAAGUCAAACUCUCAGCACCCAAAUUUCCCCCUGACUUCUGUACAGCGGCCCCUGGUUGUCGCUCCAACGCCCGUUCGUCCUAAUGGGGAACAUCCUGGUUCUUCCUCUCCUCUCAAGUUUUCCUUGACCGUUGAUGAUGUGUCUCGCACACCAGCGAGGAGGGUGCCCAUUCAAGAUGCCUUCACGCAGGCCUCUGCAUCCUCACAAAAUGUGAUGCUACUGUCUGCAAAGCGUGAUGGGUCGACUCGGUUAAUGAGCAUGCGUGGACCUGUCUUUUCGCGCCCUGCGUUGGAUGAUCCAUCCCGUAGUCCCGCCAAGCGUAUUCUAAUCACAGAUUUCAACAGUCCUGUGCGCUCCCCAACGCGACCGGCCGCUCCGAGGGCCCGAAGUGCCUCAGCGGAACCGAAACCCACAGUCUCUCAACCUCUCCGAAGUCGUUCUGUUGACCCAUCACCACGCGCCGGUGAUAGCAAAGGCAAAGAACACAUGUUCCCUAAAUUUUCUUCCAAGCCGAGAUCUAGCAUCAAACUACCGUUUCCUCUUGUGGUUGGGCAGAAAGCAGGGACGGAUCUCCCGCACUCUAUCCCUGAAGAGGCUGAAGGAUCUGAGGCUACCGGAGAAUACUCGAUUGUUAAUCAGGCCGCGUCGUCGUCCAGUCCUGCGAAGUCGAGCUUGAAACAGCCCUCUAUUGGAAGUCGCAUACCAAGAAUUGGCGCCAAGCCUUAUGCUAGACCACAGCCAAAGAAACUUGUUUCAUCUACAGCUACAAAGCUACCUGCAUUUGGUACAGGACCGCGUGCCCCACCUUUCAAAUCAACUCCUACUGGCAGUGGCAGUAGCAGCUCCGAAGACUCUUCUGCCAUCGCCCCGCCACCAAACCGCAAUUUGGAUGGGAAAUCUGUUGCAGAGCCAUCAGUCCUCUCCACACUAAAGCGAAAACGUGGCACAGAAGAGACUGCCAUAUCUCCCCCUACUCACCCCGUCAUGGUACGCCAGGUUGUCCCCGGAAUGCUGGGGGGGAAGUAUGCUCCUAAAGCGGCACCUGUCCUUUCAACAACGGCUCCUCUACCAGAACCGAGUCCCCGGAAGCCGCCUGGCCCUAUAAAGUUCCGCAAAGUUGAGCCCGGAGUCAUAUCAGCACGUUAUGCAGCGCCGUCCAAACAAACUGCAUCCGAUUCUUCACCCGCCGAUGACCGCAGCAGCAGCCCGCAGAUUCUGCUCCUGUCUGAGGCACCGAUUGCCCGGUCAUCUUCACCUCCUAAUUCAACCUCUUCACCCAAUCUACCAGAACCAGAACCUGCGAAGCAAUCGCAUGAUGUUGCUGAGCCCCACGAAACAGCGGAUUCAUCUUCUUCACAUCGGCCACCAGAGAACCGAGGUCGGGGUCGCCGAACGUCUCGACGCAAGUCUGUAGCGCAGCAUGCCAACGACGUUUUCGGUCCAUCCACAUCAAUACAACCUCUCCAACUUCGACGAUCACGGCGUUCUGAGGGCGAUGGCUUCAUGGGGAUGAGCGCAGUUGCCCUCCAAGCCCUCACUACUUCCAACACCACAAAGAACCAGGAAAUUUUCGCUAAGCUGGAAAGGGAGGUAAUUCGCAAGGAUGGUAGUAGGCCAGAGAGCCCUGCAGUCAAGGUUCGGACGAUAUUGCAAAAGCAGAGAGAGAUGAGGGAUCAAUCACGACAUGAACGAGCGGAGCGGAGGGCGAGACGGAGUGAAGACGGGCCUGGAUUGAGUGAUUGUGAAUGUGCUAGCGAGCUGGAUGAUUCCAUCUUCGGAUUCGAUGGGGAGCACGAUGAAAAUGAUGGGGUGGUCUGGACGAAACAUCGUAGGGGACCGGGAGAAGUGGAGGAUUACGAGACGCCAGAUAGGGCUGACCGGUCGUCCAAACGUUUGCGCUUUGGGGAAGGCCCUCAGGAGGAAAGAGAGCGCAAACGGGUGAAGUGGCAUCAUGGGCUAUCCACGGAAAUUUAUCUGGAUGAGGUCCAUCCUCGACCUAACUCGUGGACCAAGGACUUUGUCAUCGAGAAAAGCUGCUUGGCCCCGACAUCCAAGAAUCUUCGCUUAGACACUCUGGGCAACGUGAUGGAUGUCGAGCAGCAUCCACUCACUGACCUUCACCCAGAGAACGUCGUGGUGAAGAAGUUUGUGUAUGACAACGACAUUGAGGUGGUGGUGAAAGAGGUUAUACCCCCGAAAAUUACCAGAUCGAAGAGCAAGAAAAUGAAAAGCUAGCCAAGCUGCAUAUUCUAUUGACACUCUAAUGCAUAUUUGUCGAUGCUGUCGUUGAUGUAUCCUUAUUGUCUCUAACUCAUUCUGUCGUUUCCUUCCAUCGA